GCUUAUUGUUCUAUUUGUGACUGAGGUAUAAGAUUCGCUUUAUGACCCACAAAAUAACUCAAAUUCCCAUAAUCCUCAGUUUUACGUGGUGACGUUUUCAGCAUAACAAACAAAUCCGGAAGAGCAUAAUUGAUCCAGAUUAGACAGUUUGCUACACAUUCAAAAUGCUGAAGGCUGUGAUUCUCAUUGGAGGCCCGCAGAAAGGUCACUUCUGAAAAUGUAAUGUGAUCAACUGAGCAGGUAACUUUCAUUGUCAUACAGGUACACGGUUUCGACCAUUGUCAUUUGAGGUCCCGAAACCCUUGUUUCCAGUGGCUGGUGUGCCCAUGCUACAGCAUCACAUUGAAGCAUGUGCCAAGGUGCCAAAUAUGAAGGAGAUUUUGCUUAUCGGCUUUUACCAGCCAAAUGAAGAACUUACCAGAUUCAUGUGUAGCGCACAGCAGGAAUUCAAAAUCUCAAUCAGGUAUUUGCAGGAGUAUGCUGCAUUGGGCACUGGGGGCGGAAUCUACCACUUCAGAGAUCAGAUUCUAUCUGGUGGCCCUGAGGCAUUCUUCAUUAUGAAUGCUGACGUGUGCUCUGAGUUUCCUCUACCAGAGAUGCUCAACUUCCAGAAAGAACACGGAGAGCCAAGCAGUUUCAUCAUCCUGGGGACAACUGCAAACAGAAAGCAGUCCAUGAACUAUGGCUGUAUUGUGGAAAACCAGCAAACAAAUGAGGUUUUACAUUAUGUGGAGAAGCCUAGCACUUUUGUUAGUGACAUCAUCAACUGUGGAAUCUACCUGUUUACCCCGGAGAUCUUCCAACAUAUUGGGGAAGUCUUCCAGAAGAACCAGCAGGACUUGCUGUUAUAUCCAUACGAGGGAGAUGAGCAGACCAAUGGCAACGGCUGGCAUCGGGCUGAGGCCAUUCGGUUAGAACAGGACAUCUUCACAGCCCUGGCUGGGCAGGGCAAGCUCUACGUCUACAAAACACCCGCCUUCUGGAGCCAGAUCAAAUCUGCAGGGUCUGCAAUAUACGCCAGUCGCUUGUACCUUAACCAGUACCAUAAAACCCAUCCUGAAAGACUGGCUACAACUGAGGAUGGAGGGCCUAGAAUAAGUGGAAAUGUUUACGUUCACCCAACAGCCAAUAUUGACCCUACUGCGGUGUUGGGUCCCAACGUCUCCAUAGGCACAGGAGUGACCAUCGGGGCUGGGGUGCGCGUGAGAGAGUCCAUCAUCCUCCACGGGGCUACUCUACAGGAUCACAGUUGUGUGUUGAACUGUAUAGUGGGGUGGGACAGCACUAUCGGCAAGUGGGCCAGAGUUGAAGGAACUCCCAGUGACCCCAAUCCAAAUGACCCCUUUGCCAAAAUAGACAGUGAAACACUCUUCAGAGAUGGAAAACUCACACCAUCAAUCACCAUUCUUGGAUGUAAUGUGACUAUCCCAUCGGAGGUGAUCAUACUCAACUCAAUUGUUCUGCCACACAAAGACCUCAACAGGAGCUUCAAAAACCAAAUUAUACUGUAGUUAAUUUGCUGUGUUCUGUUCAUUUAGUUUCAAAUGAAUUAAGGAGUGUAGCUUGAAGAACAAUGUCACUGCCUAUGGGUUCUUGUAUAUAAGAUGUCAAAUAAAGAUGACUUAUUUAGGUGUUUGGAAAGAGAUUGUUUUAGCCUUUAUGAAUUAACUGACAUGUGAGAGGCUUUGGGAGGAUGAUAGUGUGUUGGUUAGAUUACCUCAACAUAUUUGAAUGUCAUCCCAUAACUUAUGAAAAAAGUUUUAUAAAAUUAACUGUUGAAGCGAGAAUCCUUAAUUUGAAACACUAACAAAGCGGUCACCCCACCUGUGUUUUGGUAAAAAGCUGAGGAAUGGGCCUGGAGAAAUGUAACCAAUCAAAUUGAGCUAUGGGUGCAACCAUGUUGAGGCUAGACAGUGUUUGUUUACAAACAUUGGAGUAAAACAAGCUUCUAUUUUGGGUUCUGAUGGGGUACGACGGUUGAACUAAGCUCAUGAGGUAUGUAUAAGUUAGUCUUCAAGAAUCAUUGGAUAGAUGUGUGUGUGUGUAUAUAUGUCAAAUGGAUGUAGCAACUAAGGAUUCUAGCUUUACAUUUCUGCACUAUCCUUAUGAUUAGCUCUGGAUUCACUACCAUGUAAGGGAAAUAAAACAAUGGUUAUAUUUUGGCACGGGGAUUGCUAGCAUUACUUACCAUGUUGGUGGUGGUGCUAGCCUAGUUACUGAGAAAUGUAAUCUUGAAAAUGUGAAAGUCUGCAGCUGAUUUAGUCAAGAUUGCAAAAUUAAAGGAAUUGUUAGCUACGAACUUCAAUUUGUGAGGGGUAAUUUGGGGGCCUUUUACAUGAGUGCUUUGAUUAAAACAUGACCAUUUUAAUUGCAA